AUGGAGAACAGGACAGAAGUGACACAGUUCAUCCUGCUGGGACUCACUGAUGACCCAGGCCUACAGGUUCCUCUAUUUAUCACCUUCCUCCUCAUCUACACCAUCACCCUGGUUGGGAACCUGAGGAUGAUCCUGCUGAUUCUCUUGGACUCUCGGCUCCACACUCCCAUGUACUUUUUCCUAGGUAACCUGUCUCUGGUGGAUUUCUGUUACUCUUCAACAGUUCCCGAAAAAGUUAUAGCUGGGCUACUUAUAGGAAACAAGGCCAUGACUUACAAUUCCUGUGCUACUCAGAUGUUCUUUUUUGCGAACUUUGCCAAUGUGGAAAAUUACCUACUGGCCUCAAUAGCCUAUGAUCGCUAUGCAGCAGUGUGUAAGCCCCUACACUAUGCCACAACCAUGACAAUGUGUGUUGGGUCCUGUCUGAUCAUAGGAUGCUACACCCUAAGUCUCCUGAAUGCCUCCAUUUAUACUUGGAAUGCAUUUCUUCUCUCCUUCCAUAAGUCCAAUGUGGUCCAUCACUUUUUCUGUGACAUUCCAGUAGUCAUGUUUGUAUCCUGCUCUGAUAGGCAUGUCAAUGAGCUGGUUCUUAUCUGUCUUGCAAGCUUCAAUAUCUUUUUUGCUCUUACAGUAAUCUUUAUAUCCUACACAGUCAUUUUUAUCAACAUCUUAAAGAUACACUCUGGUGCAGGUCAUCGCAAGGCUAUUUCCACCUGUGCCUCCCACUUCACUGCAGUCUCCAUUUUCUACGGGACUGUCAUCUUCGUGUACUUAAAGCCCAGCUCCCGUCAUGCCAUGGACAUUGACAAAAUCUCAUCUGUCUUCUACACAAUGGUCAUUCCCAUGUUGAAUCCUCUGGUUUACUGCCUGAGGAACAAGGAGGUGAAGAACACAUUUACAAAGAUUGCAAAGAUUGUAUUAAGAGGAAAAUAA